CAUCAUGACAUCUGCACCUAAAUGUGGCCACACCUACUCUGGACAAUUGUCAGAAAUCCUGCAGUUUCAGGAGCUACAGACUUUGAAUGUCUCAGAAGAUCCUUUAAAUGUUGUACACAAAGUAAAGGUUCACAUAGUCACUGCAGGAGAAACCUUUGGGGCUGACAAUGUUCUGCUGAGGGACCUUGUGGGUCUACAGGUGGAGAGCACAGACCAGCAAGGAUGCAGCGUCAUCAUUCUUUUCUGUCCAAUCAGCUCUUGUGUUGGGUCAGACAUGAAGGCAGCUAUGAAGAAGGUGUCAGGUGACAAACCAGUCAUUCUGGUUCUGAUGCACCACACACGAAAUCCUGACUACUCAACAUGUGGGGAAAGCCAGUGUUCAGUCUAUCAGAACGUUGUCCUGGUUGUCCAUGUUCUCUUCCAUGAAAGUGUGAAAGGACUACUGCCAAGUUCAAAAAACAAUGAGGCAGUCCAACAGAUACACUAUAAGCUACUGCAGUACAGUAGCAUUAGCAGGCUCAGAAAUGACCAGGGGAUCCAGGAUAUGAGCCAAUCGUCACGAAGAACUGUGGAAGAAGCUCAUGAAGUUGUACACAAAGUAAAGGUUCACAUAGUCACUGCAGGAGAAACCUUUGGGGCUGACAAUGUUCUGCUGAGGGACCUUGUGGGUCUACAGGUGGAGAGCACAGACCAGCAAGGAUGCAGCAUCAUCAUUCUUUUCUGUCCAAUCAGCUCUUGUGUUGGGUCAGACAUGAAGGCAGCUUUGAAGAAGGUGUCAGCCGUCUUCAACAGCUCAGUGAAGACCGCUUGGUGGGUGGUUUGGAUGAUAGACGGCGGAAUGAAGGCCAAUUUCAGUGUGGACUGA